UGGCUCGCUAAGUAGCACAGAUUCCCAGCAAUAACAAUGAGGCAUAUUUGGAAACGAAACGGAAACUAACUCCUGAUAGCUGUGUGCCACUGAUUAGGUUGCAGAGUUGGACGCGUUUACAAUCGGGAUGUAUUUCCUGCAGAAGUGACAGAGCGCUGCGGUUGUGCCUGGUCUCAGACACUGCGAAUCUCAGCAGAGGAAGUGUGUGAGUUGAACUCCCAACACCCGGAGCGUGGCUAAAACCACUGCCCAUUCACUCGCUUUGUUUAAUUUCAGACUGACAACAAGUGUCGGACUAAGAGGGGAAAAUCGUAAAAGGAAAGAAAUGAGGAACAGCGGAAUGCGAAACAAUGCAAAUCCCACAGGAUUUGUCGGGAUAUAUAACCAGGGGGCCACAUGCUACCUGAACACGUUGCUUCAGACUUUCUACAUGUCUCCUGAAGUGAAGGAUACUAUCAUCAGAUUAAAUGAACAACGAUUUAAAAAGAUCAAUAAGGAAGCCAGCAUCACUUAUCAACUUAAGGAACUGUUUGCGAAGCUAGAUGCAAGAGAAACACCAAGGACAGAUUUGAUUACAAGAAAUCUGGGCAUGAGCAGAGAUGAUGUUUACAAACAACAAGACGCAGAAGAAUAUUUCAGACGGUUAGUGAACAAGGUCAGCAAAGAAACUGAAGGGGAGACCUGUAACAUAUUGCAGAUCUACCAAAGUAAAAUGAUUAAUAGCCAGAGGUGUUUGGAAUGCAAAGUUGAAGACACAACACAAUGCGAUCUUUUGGAUAUUCCUUUGCCAGUUCGCUCAAAUGAUAGAGGUAUCCACAUCCAAAAUGUGAAUGCCACCUUUCAAGACUUCUUGAAAACUUCCAUUUUGGAUGGAGAUAACUUGUGCUAUUGUGACAGGUGUGAUAAGAAAACAGAAUUUGAGAUUGUGAGUUAA